AUGGAGAAGUUCCGCGAGGACGAGGGCUUCAUCAAGGAGGAGGAGAGACCCCUGCCUGCCAAUGAUUUCCAGCGCCAGGUCUGGCUGCUCUUCGAGUACCCGGAGAGUUCGGGUCCCGCUCGGGGCAUCGCCAUUGUCUCUGUGCUGGUCAUCCUCAUCUCCAUCGUCAUCUUCUGCCUGGAGACUUUGCCCGAGUUCCGGGACGACAAGGAAUACAACGGGCCGGCGGUGCUGCCCCAGCUCAAUGCCACCGGCCCCUUCCUUAGCAGCUCCUUUACCGACCCGUUCUUCGUGGUGGAGACCCUGUGCAUCAUCUGGUUCUCCUUCGAGCUCCUGGUCCGGUUCUUUGCCUGCCCCAGCAAAGCCACCUUCUCCAAGAACAUCAUGAACAUCAUUGACAUUGUGGCCAUCAUCCCUUACUUCAUCACCUUGGGCACCGAGCUGGCCGAGCGACAGGGGAAUGGUCAGCAGGCCAUGUCUCUGGCCAUCCUCAGGGUCAUCCGGCUGGUCAGGGUCUUCCGCAUCUUCAAGCUGUCCAGGCACUCCAAGGGGCUGCAGAUCCUGGGGCAAACCUUGAAGGCCAGCAUGAGGGAGCUGGGGCUGCUCAUCUUCUUCCUCUUCAUCGGGGUCAUCCUCUUCUCUAGCGCUGUCUACUUUGCCGAGGCUGAUGACCCCUCCUCAGGCUUCAACAGCAUCCCCGAUGCCUUCUGGUGGGCAGUGGUCACCAUGACCACAGUGGGCUACGGGGACAUGCACCCGGUCACCAUUGGUGGGAAGAUCGUGGGCUCCUUGUGUGCCAUCGCCGGGGUGCUCACCAUCGCUCUACCCGUGCCUGUCAUAGUGUCCAACUUCAACUACUUCUACCACCGGGAGACCGAAGGUGAGGAGCAAGCCCAGUACCUACAUGUAGGCAGCUGCCAGCACCUGUCCUCUAACGAGGACCUCAAAAAGACCCGUAGUAAUUCCACUCUUAGCAAGUCGGAGUACAUGGUAAUUGAGGAAGGGGUGAGCCCUGGGCCCUUCAAGCAGCCCAGCUUUAAGACUGCCAACUGUACCACCAACAACCCCAACUGUGUGAACAUCAAGAAGAUCUUCACCGAUGUGUAA